AUGAGUGAAGGCAGCUGUGGCUCCGAUGCGGGAGCGCUUGCAUCUCGCGUUUCACGCGCACGGCUGCUGAAGCGAUGCGAAGAGGACUUGGUCCUGGCGCAGGCGAUGGAGAUGGCUCACGCGGAGGCUGCGCAUGCAGGCUCCGGACCGGCCGCCUUCCCAUCGCCGAUCCUUGUCACGGGCAGCAGCGGUCUGCUGGGUGCCGCAUUGGUGACGGUUCUGCGUGGUGUCGGCGUCAGCGUGCGUGGGCUCGACGUGCUUGCGGCGGGCACGACCGACGUGCAGGGCUCAGUUGCCGAUGCGGCGGUCGUCGAGCGUGCGGUGCAGGGCUGCAAGGCCAUCUUCCACACCGCGUCGCUGCACCACCCGGACGACGACACUUUCUCCGAAAGCGACUUUGUCCGUAUCAACGUGCAUGGCACGCAACUGUUGCUCGACGCGGCGGCCAGGGCUGGCUGCGAGGCGUUUGUGUACACCUCGACGACCUCGCUAAUGGUCACCGAGGCCGCCAAGGAGACAAUGGCGCGCGGGGAGUGCUUCUGGGCCGACGAGCGCGAGCCGACCGGCCCGCCGCGCAACAAGUACGGCCGCACGAAGCUCGCCGCAGAACGCCUUUGCCUCGGCCAGGCCGUGUGCCCGGUGGUGGUGCUGAGGCCGUCGCGCUUCUUCGCCGAGGAGCUCCGCGAGCCCACCGCAGGGCUAAGCCUGCCCAACGACAAGGCGAACGAGCUGCUCGGCCGGCGCGUGGCCCUGCGGGACGUCGUCGACGGCCACCUCCGCGCGCUGAAGCGCCUUCCCGCCGUCUCUGGCCGUGUCUUCAUUCUCGCCGCGCCGACCGGCCUGAGGCGGGAGGACCUGCCGAGACUACCAGACGCCUCUUGGCUCCUCGAGGAGCGCGUUCCAGCGGCGGCGGCAGCCUUCGCACAGGCCGCCUGGCGGCUGCCGGCGGCGGUCCCGCGCGUCUACGACAGCUCCGCCGCGCUGGACGAGGAGCAGGGGCUCGGCUGGCGGCCGGAGUGGACCUUUGCGAGCCUCGUCGCUCGCAUGGCCUCUGGCGACGAGUGCGCCAGGCUCGGCGCCUAUUGA